AACGAUGGGUGUAAUGGGAAGAAUGAACAAAUGGUGGAGUUGGUCACAGAUGUUAGGCGGCAUGUUGGCAGUGCAAGUGUUUGCGACUGGCCAGCAAUUGCUUUCCAAAGUCAUACUCACUCAAGGAACCUUCAUCUUCGCCCUCAUGACUUAUCGGCAUUUGGUUGCUGCUCUCUGUAUUGCUCCUUUAGCUCUCUUCUUUGAAAGAGAAAAUUCGCAGAAGAUGGCCAGGUCGACUUGGUUCUGGCUCUUCAUCAAUGCACUAACAGGGAUAACAGCGGCCAUGGGACUGUUUUAUUAUGGACUUCGAGAUACUACAGCUACCUAUUCUACAAACUUCCUCAACAUGAUUCCAAUAGUCACCUUUGUUUUAUCCAUCAUUUUCAGAAUUGAAAGGCUAGGGCUAGGCAGCAGAGCAGGCAAAAUCAAGACGGCGGGUGCAAUUUUGUGCGUGGGAGGAGCACUGACAACAAGCCUGUACAAAGGAAAAGCGUUUCAUGUGGGUGAUGGUCACCAUUUUCACAGAGCAGCAGCCAUGGACGUUUCGAAUUCUCACAUGACUCGUGGAACUUUCAUGCUUGUAGGUAGCUGCGUGUGCUACGCUAGUUGGUAUAUAUUACAGGUGAAGUUGCUCAAAGUAUUUCCAUCAAAAUACAGGGCAACGCUGAUAACAUGCCUCAUUGCGUCCCUACAAUCAGCAGCAAUAGGACUAUGCAUAGACAGGAGCAAGGCAGCAUGGAGAGUAGGGUGGAAUUUGCAGUUGAUCACAAUAGUCUACGCGGGAGCACUGAGUACUGCAGCAACAUUCUGCUUACUUACAUGGUCGAUUGCUAAGCGUGGUCCUACUUAUGCCCCUAUGUUUAAUCCUCUGACCCUAGUUUUUGUUGCCAUGUCCGAAGCUUUAGUACUUGGUGAACAAAUGAGGCUCGGAAUAGUGCUCGGAACGGUUAUGAUAAUAGUGGGAUUGUACUCUUUUCUGUGGGGGAAAAAGACUGAAAUGAAGAGCUUGCACCAGUCAAACCAGGGACCUGAUGAAUUGGCCAAAUCAGUCCCUCAAUCUGUGGAGUUCAAGCCCUUGGAGCCUGUUUAAAUCAUUUUCUCCAUUGAACGAGGAGCUCCUAAAAAUCAU